AUGGGCUCCCUUCCUGAGAAAGACUUCCCCCAAGUCCACCGCUUCAUCACGACCCACAAGGAGGACGGAACCCCCACCUUCGAGACCAAAGUCCCCGAGCCAAUCGAAUGGGAACGCACCAACAUCGGCGUCGAUUUCUUCCUCGCCUACACGCUCAGCAGCUUUCCCGCUCCCCUCAGCCACGAUGCCGACCUGAACCAAUACAAAGAACACCUCGUCAACCACCCUCCCUUCAUGAUCCCCGGCGGCGCGUCGUGCGCUACGUCGACUACCACCCAGGCUGGCGAGCUCGAGCUCGAGGUGGAGGGCGGCGAGAAGCGUUUGAUGAAGAGGGGCGAUGUUGCCGUGCAGAGAGGUACCAACCACUGCUGGCGCAACCCGAGCAAGACCCAGUUUGCGCGCGCCUUGUAUAUUGCCAUGGAUGCCAAGCCGGUCAUUGUCAAUGGCCAAGCAUUGGGCGAGUCCUUGGGUGAGGUGAAGCACUGA